AUGCUACGAUAUUCCACUAGAUGCACAUGUAGGAGGUUUUCGAGAAUUCUGGUAUUACAUACACCACUGCUAUACAGGCCGUACACAACUGAAACUACUACUACUACUACUACGACAACCCCACCACCAGUAAGAUCAGCUGCCGACUUGACAAAUGAGCUAGCGAAUAUAUUCAGACCGGCACUGAUUAAAGAGAAGCCUAUUAGACCUUCAUUAUUGUGGCGGAAAAAAGGAGGAGAGUUUGACCCGCAGAGAUUCCCAGACCAGGCCUCGGCCAUCCAUACCAGUUUAGGAUGGUUCUUUAUUCCACCACAAUGUAAUCAAAGUGCCGAUAACGCCAAGGAACUAGACUUGGCUUUAGCGCAAACAGAGUUUACUCAACAGACUAACCGUGAAGAAGUCCAGAAGUUUGUAUAUGAAUGGUGCGCAGAUUGUAGCAAACAGGCGGAAAAUGCACCCCAACGGAACCCCAGAUCAUCAAUUGAACGGAAAUCAAGGGAACGCAAUAAGACCUUGAAUGAAUUGUAUCAAGAGCAACUUGAUUAUGGCGAAAAUGAUAGCAACAACAACGAAAGCAAAAAUGGCAUAAAUCAUCUCGAGCCUCAAAGACUCUUGAAGCGUGCCCUCAGGGACCCCGAAUUUAAAUUGCGAUUCAAAUGCAUAGAUGCGACCAAGGGCAAAUAUGAAGUCCGGGGCUUGUUAUUGGAACAAGACGUGUACAAAUUCUACGAAUACAUCAAGAAGCAAGAGCUGAGCACUGGUGCAAUCGGAAAGAUUGACUCGAUUAAAAAGAGCUGGGAGCAGUUAACCGGUGCUCAACAGAUGGAAUAUGCCGAAAACUACCGCGAGUUAUUAUCAGAUGGAAAAGCCGUGGCUGGCAAAAUGGCCAUCGACUUGGCAUUGGCGCUAGACACGAGCCAAGUUCUCGAAGAUGGGUGCUACUACCUCAAGCCUAAGCUGGUGCUACGCAAAUACGCCUCGGAACUAACCAUGCAAGAGCAACUGCAAUUAUUGCUCAACCAUAAAGCUAAACGUGAAACGAGCAAGACGAAAUACGACAGAAUCAUACCGUCAUGGUCGGAACAGAAAGCUAUGCGCGAUGCCCACAAGGCAGAACAGGAGUUGAAAACAGCCGAAAAAUUAGCUAUCAAGCAAGCAGAGCUUGCUAAACGAAAAGCCGAACGACAAGCUGAGCGACAAGCUAUACGCGAGGCAAAGCUAGCAGAGAAGCAAGCGGCUGCAGAAGCCAGGGCUGCCGCUAGAUUGGCCAAAAAGGAAGCGGCUGCAGAAGCCAGGGCUGCCGCGAGAUUAGCCAAAAAGCACGUGGCUGCAGAAGCCAGGGCUGCCGCGAGAUUAGCCAAAAAGCAAGCGGCUGCAGAAGCCAGGACCGCUGCAAGAUUAGCCAAAAAGCAAGCUGCUAAAGACGCAGCCAGAGAAAAGAGUGAAGAUGGGAGGAAUCCAAGCGAAUAA